AUGAUUUUUGUUUGCUCCAGCGACCGUCAGCCCAAGGUAUGGGCCAGUACGGGCAACGCGCGUGCCCUGUACGUACCGAAACUGAACAGUACACCUAGGUGUGUUGGUAAUAGGUUAGCCAUUGAUCUUAAAAUACCCCUGCUGACGGUGGGUACAGGUCCCGGGGAAGCCCCACCGGGAACACAACCAGAACACACGGAUGGACAGACCAUCAGACGGCGGGUAACGGGACAAGACGAGGACGAUGGCGUCACCGGAGCGCACUUGGAAAAUCAAGACAACGAUCACGAGAGAAAAAAUCAAGGGAAUCACCAAAAAGACCUGGUCUACAAAAUGUUCCCAUCUCCUGCCCCGAACAACACUGCGGACCACGACUGCCUACUCUCAGAGAAAGACCGGUACAGAGUCAGAGGACGUCAAGGCAUCACAAAAAUGCCCCGUCAUAUUGCCCAGCUCCGUCGCCACCAGCGCGCAGAAGGAGAAGAGGCAGGCGUGGCAGCUACUUCUUCCUCCUGCUUAUAG